AUGGCGACGUAUCCGCUCAACUGGUUCCUCACCGAGCACAGCGUGAGUCCGGACGACUGGAACGACACGCGGGCUCUUCUGAGCGACGUGCACGACUCGAUGGCGCGCUACUUCGACUGGAUGGACGCCGACACGCGCGAAAGGGCUCUGCGAAGGCUGAGCGUUAUCCGCCACGUGGUCGCCUAUCCGAGCGUGGACGCCACCCGAGAAACCGUCGAGAGGCGUUACGCCUACUUGCGCGAGACUGUGCGCUCUCCUUUCGGGGUGGCUUACGUCGACACCAAGCGACGGCAGCGCCAACAGCGCAAUCUUCUGCUCAAGACGUCGGUGGCGCGCCAGGACGACGACUGGUUUUCUGUGCCACUGGUGAACGCCGUGUUUCUGCCCUACUACCAUAUUGUCUUCAUACCGACCUCCAUGAUGUUGCCGCCUUUUCUGACAUCGCAGUACCCUGCGGCGUCGUACGGGGGCCUGGGUCACGUGCUCGCCCACGAAGAGAGCCAUGCUUUCGACGUGGAAGGUGCGCCAGCUGACGCGGACGGCCUCUACCGCUCCUGGUACUCAGUUCCCACGCAGAGUCGCCUGGAGGACCGAAAGCGGUGUCUGCGCUCCGCGUACCACGUGCCGGCCGGAGGUCCCUGGCCCACCGAGGGAGAGGACUACGCCGACUCACUCGGACUGAUGAGCGUUCUACCUUCUAAGAAAGUGUUUGGGAUGAGCCACUCACAAGGAGGUGGCCGCGACGGCCUUCAAGCGGCGCGUCGUACCUUACGCGCCGUCGGGGAUCGCGCCUUUCACGAACGAGCAGCUGUUCUACGUGAGCUCGUGCUUCAAGUGGUGCAACAGUCGGGGCCCGCCCGGCUGACAGCGGACCGGCGUCAGCAGGCCGUGCACUCGGACAUGUACAAGCGCUGCAACGCCCCGCUGCUCGUGCAGGAGAACUUUCUCGCCGCCUUCAACUGCACGCCCAGUGCAGCCAUGCGUCGGCGCGACAACUGCGUCUUCUCGUGA